GGCUACGGGGGUCUAGUCAGUUAUUUCUCAUGCUUUGGGUCGAUAGAGCAGAGAAAAGUAAUAAAUGGGAGAUUUUUUCUCCUUAAAGAGUCAUACAUGUAUUAAGCAAGCAAAGAGAGGGUCUGAUAGUUGUUCAGUUUAAAUGCACAAUAUUGUGAACUGCAUUUAACCAGUUCCUUGUGGAGUUUCUUGAAUAUUAUGUAGUCGUUUGAUAAAUUAGGCUAGGUUUCUUGUCCCGGGGGCAAGUAUCUGCGGUGCAUUAGGACACUGUUAGACGGAAAUGUAAAAUCAAUUGAAUAAUAUGGGAUUCUAAUAAGUUUCUAAAAUAAAUAGUACUGUGGAUGUUUUACCGUCACCACAUUCUACAAGCUCAGUCGGAAAAUACACAAGGCUAAAUAAUGACAAAGGUUAGCGUACACACAAAUGUUUUUUUAUAUUGUAUAUUCAACAUUGAUAACUCAGUUAUGGUUGACAAUAUAGGUUUAUAUAUGUCCUUAGUGCCUACAUCCGUAGCAAUGGUGAUAUCCCUGUUUGAGGAAGAUUCCUAUCAGAGGGGCUCAUCUGGUUUUGACAGGAGCUCUCCAGUCUCACUUUGGGAGACUGUUAUACACAUGUCUCCUAAAAAUGUUUUAUCUGUUAGAACUUCUAUGUUUGACUUGGAUCUUUGUUAGCUUUUGCCGUAAAAUGUAGAGCAUGUUGUUCACUUAAAAUGAUGUCUUAUUGAUCAGAUACUUUACAGCUUUUAAGAGGGAGUAGUGUCAAUGUCUUUUGUAUAGUAUUCCUUCAUGUUUCCUCUGCUUUCUUACAGAUUAUUUUUGUGUGAACCCAACGCUCUUUUAGCUGGAUGACUGUAAUACACCAUGAAUAUGGAUGCAGCAACCGGCAUAACCUGAGGAAAUAGGUUAUUAAUAAUAUUAUGGACUGAAUCUUAUUUUUGUUCUUCAAAAAAUGAUCAACAAUGCAUUGGCUAUUGCACAUGGUUAUACCAACAUAAGCAGUUGGGUUGAAAAUGCCAAACAUUUUCAUUUGAAUCUGGAUUCCUUCCUAGCAAAGUCUUUGCAGUUCAUCAAUGUAAACAGUGUUACAAGUGACAAGAUUUUCCCAUUAAGUUCAUGUUCAACUAACUUGCCAGCAUCACCGUUUUUUCUAAAUUCAUAAAAUUAUUCAACAAUACUUAGUUAACUAACAAAAACUGAAUGUUGAUUAAAAAGACAGUUAAAAACAACUAAAUAUGAAUAAAAUAUACAACAUGUACAGGAAACAUUAAGUUAAGCUGCUAUCGGAUUGUGGGGCACCCCCCAAGUCGGUGCUACACAUUGGUAGUACGGAGGAGUAGCUAGCCAGCUACUUACAGAGUCCAUACGGGGAGGCUGAGGACGCCGGGGACAGCGAGCUGUGGUAAAGGCUCCGGAAAAGUCUCGGACUGACUCUGAUAUGACCACCGACCUCCCUUGCUGUGACCAAAAUGCUCCCUCCAUCCCUUCACCGCUCAGACUGUUCAACCUCCAUUCUUGCCUCAACUCCCUGACUUUUUGAUCUUCUUGUAUCUUGUUUUGUUCAUUGAAAUUUGGUUCCUUGUAUGUGUUACUGCAAUUCAGCUUUUAGCUGCCAUAGUACACAGGAAAUUAAAUAAAUAAUUGUCAUCAUCAUACAUUAUGAGGCUGGUUCUGGUCAAACCCACCAAUGCAACACGUCGGCUCGAUUCAACAGGAGACGCUUGCAACGACCAAGACCCGGAUCACUGCAACUCUCGAGGGCAGUCUCUACCAGACAAAGCCCCUGAGGUCAUGCAGUAUCGCUACUCUGGAACUGCCCUCCAGCCCCAAAUGUCAAUACCAGAGCAGAGCAAUAACAGCAUUUCCACUUCCACUUCUCCGCCACAGGCUACUCCAAAUGGAGUCGCUCCACCACGGAAAUCUCCACCAUUAAAAACUACACUGUCAAAACUGAGCAAUCAAGAUCUCCUGCUCUUUUGUAGCCAGGUGGGUGGUACUCUUGAACUGCAGCGUGAAAGCCCACUGUUGGCUGAGUGGCAUGGGACCACGGUGGGACAUCCUGAUGCGGACUGUGGCUCUGUUUGCUAUUCUCCUAGUACAAAACAUGGAUCAGAGGUGGCCGGUUUCCAGCCACAAUCAAAGCAGGGCUUCUUGAAGGACUGCCUCUCCACAUUCUCCAAGAAGGGAACUCCUCCUUCUCUACAGUAUACCCACUCCUAUCCUCAGAACUCCCUGGUGUCAUCGUCAUCCCGGUUUUUCAGGCAGAAACCAAGUCAAGAGGAUCCCUCAACAGGGACUGUCAAUCCCGAGAAGGAUAAUUUCACAUCCCGAUGCAGAGGAGAAGACGGGCUGAAGGAGUAUAAUCAAUGGCAGCAGCAGACCCAUAAUCGUUUCAAGAUUAAAGAGCAUAACCUACCACCAGUCUCGACUACUGAAAAAACAGAGCCUUCACUGAAUAUACCUCUGAAUGGCAAUGAGUCAAGUAAAGUUAGGCAGCUCUUGGUUUUGUCUCAAUCUCAGGACCAACAGAAACUUCCCUUAGAUACACAACACCAAUGGAUGCUAGGAAACGGUUUACCUAGCUGCUGUGCCAAUGAGUGUGGAGUGCAUUGUGGAAGCCAACAACCUUACUUAAACCAGCAACUACAGCAACACCCUCAAAGGCAGCAUUGUUGUGACCAUCUUAGCAUUCUAAAAUGCCAUCAGUGUUCUCUCUACCCAUCCAGCAGCAGCCCACGAGGGAAGAAUUCAUUCCCGGCUACUAGCGACAAAAGCAGUGCUCACUCCUCUUCCAGUAGCCAGCGGUGGCAGGAGAACCAUCAACUAGAGGGAGAAGGGCAACGACAAGGGGAGCAACAGGUACAUCCUCAUACCAAAAAGGUUGGCCAUGUUGGUUCAACGCCUUCCCUGUCCAAGAGCAGUAGCCCACUCCCUCCCGACACAGUAGUGACAAGCGCUAAAUACAAUGGGGAUGUUGGGAGACCCCUGAGCAGCUUAGGAGCUUCGCCACCCAACCUUUCAGAGCUGGACUCAGCAAGACAAGAGCCCCUCCAGACUCUUCACAGGUCCGUCCUGGAGGAGGUGUUCUCCAAAGGCCUCAGUGAGGACAAUAGUAAGGGCAACAGCGAGGGAGGAGGAGACGCGCCACAGAAGAGGACUAAGGACAUUGGCUACAGAUUGGGCCAGCGUAGAGCGCUAUUUGGAAAGCGCAAACAGCUGAGCGACUAUGCCUUGAUUUUCGGGAUGUUUGGGAUUGUUGUCAUGGUGACGGAGACGGAACUGUCCUGGGGGGUUUACACGAAGGAAUCAUCAUACUCAUUUGCUCUGAAAUGCCUCGUCAGCCUUUCAACUGCUGUAUUGCUUGGCCUCAUUGUGAUGUACCAUGCACGGGAAAUACAGCUCUUCAUGGUGGACAAUGCAGCUGACGACUGGAGGAUUGCUAUGACAUAUGAGCGGAUCUUCCUGGUUGUGCUGGAGCUGCUGGUCUGUGCCAUCCACCCCAUCCCGGGCCAGUACAUCUUCACCUGGACAGCCCGGCUGGCCUUCACCUACCCACACUCAUUGACCAAUGCCGACGUGGACCUCGUCCUCUCCAUCCCCAUGUUCCUCAGGCUCUACCUAAUCGGUCGCGUCAUGCUGCUGCACAGCAAGCUUUUCACGGAUGCCUCGUCACGCAGCAUCGGCGCCCUCAACAAGAUCAACUUCAACACGCGGUUCGUCAUGAAGACCCUCAUGACCAUCUGCCCCGGCACGGUGCUGCUGGUCUUCAGCGUCUCUUGUUGGAUCAUCGCAGCGUGGACGGUGCGUGUAUGUGAGAGGUAUCAUGACACACAGGAAGUGACUAAUAACUUCCUUGGGGCCAUGUGGCUCAUCUCUAUCACCUUUCUCUCCAUUGGUUAUGGAGACAUGGUCCCUCACACUUACUGUGGAAAGGGUGUGUGUCUGCUGACUGGAAUCAUGGGGGCUGGCUGCACUGCCCUGGUGGUUGCUGUAGUUGCCAGGAAGUCUGAGUUGACCAGAGCUGAGAAGCAUGUUCACAACUUUAUGAUGGACACUCAGCUCUAUAAACGAGUGAAAAACACAGCUGCCAAUGUACUCAGAGAGACAUGGCUUAUCUACAAACACACCAAGUUAGUCAAGAAGAUUGAUCACGCCAGGGUACGCAAACAUCAGCGCAAAUUUCUGCAAGCCAUUCACCAACUGCGCAGAGUCAAACUGGAACAGAUGAAACUCACCGACCAGGCUAACACACUUGUGGAUCUAGCCAAGACUCAGAACAUGAUGUACGACCUGGUGUCUGACCUGCAGCUGCGCAGCGAGGAGCUGGAUAGGAGGAUUGGUAGUUUGGACGACAAACUGGACUCCAUCCUAGUCAAUCUGCAGGCCCUACCCAGCCUGCUCUCCCAAGCGGUCACACAGCAGCACAAGGACUUCCUGGAUGGCUUGGCCCACCGUGUACGGAAAGCCUCGUCGGAAUCGGAGCUUCACUGGGUUCCCGCUAGGUGCCAACGGUCCCUUUCCACUGCACCACAGACCAUUCCUUACAGCUGACAGCCUAGCCACAUUUCCACGAUUGUGACCUUAAAUGGAUUUAUCCUGGAUUGCCAGUCUGUGUACCUGGGCCAUUCUUGAAUAGAGGUGGCAUUUAGGCAUGGCAUUUUAGGAAAAAGUUACUUUUUUGUGCAGUCCCCCCAAAAAGGGAAAAAUGCUAGUCUUAAUAAAAUCCCAUUACACCAUCGUGCUAGGGUGGCUAAUGCUGCUCCCGUAUUAGCCACCCUAACUAUUUCCCGCUACGUUACCUGCGUUGGGACACCAAAGACCAGACGACAUAAUUUGGCAAAACUUGGGGCUGUCCCAUUAAAUUCUAAACGAAGCUUCAGAUUUAUACCCCGUGACGUAUCUGGGUUUCCCCUUGUCUGUGGUGUAACUGCCUGCAUUAUACCUGUCGAAUCAGUGAGCUGCUUUUGUAGUAGUCAUGAAACCACACCCGCUUUAGAAGUUUAGAACGAGAAACUGCAGGCUAUAUAGAAAUAAUGACAAUUACAUUUAAAAUGAUUAAAUAUCAAGGAUUUAUCAGACUAAAUCGGUGUACAUUACAUCACACAUUCCAGUGUUUGAACUUGUAACAGAAGCAUGGAAUUUCUACUCAGUUCAUUCCAUGGCAAUGUCCGCGAUAGAUAACGUCAAGAGCCACUUGUAGAUUUGACAGGUCUAACAUUACACAUCUGACACCGCCUAAACAAAAGCAGUGAAAAGCCACAUAUGCAUUUGUCAGCUAAAUGUGGGUUACCGCUGAUCUGAUUGCAUCUUGGCCUAAGAGAGUACCAAGAGUCAUAAUACCCAUAAAACCUAGUGGUCAAACAGGGAAAUGGUUCCAAAUGUUUUUUCCACCAUUACAUUUUUCCCCAUAGUUGAUUUGAGAAACACUUCAAAUUAGGGUUGCGUUCCAUGCAGGCUUACCCUGGCGUGACAUUUUGAUAACCAUGUAAAUCUCUCUAGGACAAGGUGACAUCCAUAUAUUCGCCUGUAUUUACCUCCCCAAAAUUAAAAGCUAAUUAGCUGCUAAUGUGGCUAUUAUAAAGAACUACAAAUGCCAUAAUGAUCUGGACGAGACUGCCGAAUCGAGGCAAAGGUAAGAAUCUCUGGAUUAACGAUGUGAUGUUUGCUAAAUGUAGUAAUGAAUAAAUAGGCUACAUUUCUUUAAAAAUUGACAAUCUGUAAACUGUCUUGUGCAAGUUUUACAUUGGACAAUAUAGGGAUUUGUAGUUUGCGUGGGAAAAAUGAAUGUUGGUAAAACGAUUGGAACCAUUUUCCUGUUAGACCACUAGGUUUUAUGGGUAUUCUGACACACUGUGGGGCUCUAGUAUGGCCGGGAUUCAAUGCGAUUGCGCUUUGUCAGCAACAUACCUUUUAAACAUACCUUUUAAAGGCGCAUGUGUUCCUGCAUUCAUGGAAUCCGCAUCACGGAGGUAUAAUAAGAACAGUCUGCGUUCAUGGUAGAUGCUGCAUAUGUCCGCUCAAUCGCAAACUACCUGUAAAUGGCACAUUGUCGACAAAGCGCGAUUGGAUUAAAUCCCGGACUAAAUUUUUUUGUUUUACUAUAAAGUAGUCAAACAUGUUUUUUUGAAGACCACAUUUAUUGAAAAGACAAUCAAAAGAAAUCUAAAGAAAUUAGAAACAAUCCUUAGUAAAGAAAUCAUAUAUAUAAAUUACAAGCAAUCUACAUCUCUGCAACAAAAAACAAAAACAUUUCCAGAGAAGAAUCUUACUGAGGGUUGGGAGAUUAGAUUUUGUGGCAACAAACAAAGACAGAAAAUUUGAAUAAAAUGUUAACCAACAGGCUUUGUUUUGCAUUCAGUUAGGUAUUAAUUUUAUUAUAAUUCUCUAUAUGUAACAAAUACACACAUUUCCCUGAGGAAACAAUUCCACUGGAAGUUCUACAGACUCAGUGGCUGAUAUGUUCUAAAUGCCUCAAUGGUUCGUUUCAAACACUUAAUAAAAAAAACAGGUGAUUACAGAUGUCAACAACUGGUAUAAUGUACCUUUUAAGAGCAUAGAGUUUCAGCAUACACUUCAUUGCUAUGAUAUAGCCGUAUCUGGGUAAAAUAUCAUUUAUCAGAAUAACAAUUUGUAAGUUUUAGGGUUAUCAUUAUUGAUUCAAAGUUGAAGCAUUAAGGUGCAUGGUUAUGACAGUUGAGAGAAUCAUUCCCCUAGCAGCAAAACAAUCCUCUCUAGAGGAGAGGGGUUGUGAUAUCCACAGCAAUGCACACUCUUCAGCCUGUACAUUGUGAUUUUACAUACAGACUGUGUAUAAAAACUCAAAGCAUCAUUUACAUAUUUUAGGUGCCAGGUGCUGAAAUGAACAUUCAACUAAAGAUUGUCAGAAUAUUUCUGCCCAGAAACAAUAUUUGUCAAACUGAGGUGCCAAUACAAUGCCUUCAGAAAGUAUUCACACCCAUUUACUUUUUACACAUUUUUGUUGGAGUGGGAGUUUUUGGUCAACAAUCCACACACAAUACUCUUGUCAAAGUGGAAGAAAAAUUAUAUAUUUAUGAAAAAUAGAACACAUAUUUCUUGAUUAGAUAAGUAUUCAAUAAAUGUUAGAAUCACCUUCGGCAGCAAUUACAGCUGUGAGUGUUUUGGGGUAAGUCUAAGAGCUUUGCAUACCUGGCUUGUACAAUAUUAGCUUAUUAUGCCAUUUAAAAUUCUUCAAGCUCUGUCAAAUUGGUUGUUGAUGAUUGCUGGACAGCCAUUUUCAAGUCCUGCCAUAGAUUUUCAAGCAGAUUUAAGUCAAAACUGUAACUAGUCCAAUCAGGAACAUUCAAUGUUGUCUUGGUAAGCAACUGCAGUGUAUAUUUGGCUUUGUUUUUUUAGGUUAUUGUUGACAGGUGAAUUUGUCUACCAGGAAAGCAAAUCAGGUUUUCCUCUAGGAUUUUUCCUGUGCUUAGCUCUAGUCCAUUUAUCUUGAUCUGAAUUAACUCCCGGUCUUCACCAAUGACAAGCAUACCCUAACAUGAUGCAGCCACCACCAUGCUUGAAAAUAUGAAGUGUGGUACUCAGUGAUGUGCUGGAUUUUGUACCAAACAAAACACUUUGUAUAUAGAUCAAAAAGUUCUUUACCAAGUGUUUUGCAGUAUUGCUUCAGUGCCUUGUUGCAAACAGGAUGUAUGUUUUUGAAUGUUUUUAUUCUGUACAGGCUUCCUUCUUUUCACUCUGUCAAUUAAGUUAGUAUUGUUGAGUAACUACAAUGUUGUUGAUCCAUCCUCAGUUCUCCCAUCACAGCCAUUAAACUCUAACAAUUUAAAAAAUCAGUAUUGGUCUCAUGGCGAAAUCCCUGAGCGGUUUUCCUUCCUCUCCGGCUACAGAGAUAGAAAGAACACCUGCAUCUUUGUAGUGACUGGGUGUAUUUAUACACCAUCCAAAGUGUAAUUAAUAACUUCACCACCCUCAAAUAUUGUCUGCUUUUUGUUUUCUACCAAUAGGCGCCCUUCUUUGCGAGGCAUUGGAAAACCUCCCUGGUCUUUGUGGUUGUAUCUGUGCUUGAAAAUUACUUUUGAACUGAGGGACCUUCCAGAUAAUUGUAUGUGUGGGGUAGUCAUUCAACAAUAAUGUUAACCACUAUUAUUGCAUGCAACUUAAGCACAUUUGUACUCCUGUACGUAUUUAGGCUCGCCAUAUGAAAUGGGUUGAAUAGUUGGCUCAAGACAUUUCAGAUUUUCAUUUUUAAUUAAUUUGUCAAAUAAAUUCUAAAAAACAACAUUUUACAUUAUGGGGUAUUGUGUGUAGAAGUAAAGGGGUGGGACUUUCUGAAGGCACUGGAUAUUAUAUGGAAUCCCUUAUUUCAAAUCAUUAGAUUAAUAGUAACUGUUUUCAGAGUACUGACAAGAUAUAUUCCUCACGUGACUAGAUAUUGGUCGUAGGGCAAGGAGUUUCACACCUCACCAAGCAACAUUCCAGGCUUUAAAAGUAUAACUACAGCCCAGUUUUUCCUGGUUAGGUCACAAGGUCAGAAAUAACUUCUGGCCCUAGACAAUCGCACUUCAUCAUUGGCUUAAAUAAUAAUUAUAGAAAUGCCCAAUAGAAUCAUGU